GCAUUUUCAAAACAAUUACAGAAUCGACAAGUUUCAACAGGACAACCAUGUAUUUUGUUCAAACUUCAGUGUUUUAAUGGUGUAAAACAAAGUAAAAAAUGCGACGGAGCCAAGCGCCAAGUCAAAUCGGCUCUAGUAACAGCGUUUUCAAAAGCCCGCUACUAGAAUCCAAACGGAACAAACGGCGGGAAUGUACGAAGAUACCACUAACACAGAAAUCAGCGUCUCAAGCGUCGGCGGCUUCUGACCACGAGAAUAUAAUCAAGGCAAUACUUAGUAAGCCUUUCAAAGUUCCCAUACCUAACUAUGUGUCAUCGUUUUGUGGGAAAAGUUUGGGUUUGAAGAGGACUCAGGUUAGGCGAGCUUUACACGAUCCUGAUGAACCUAAUGCGUUGGUUUUGUACAAACCACCACACAUACCUGAACAUGAGAAGAUGAAGAUGAACCCUAACGACAUAAAGGUGGCUGUGGUAGUGGACCCCGUGCUAGGAAAUGUAUUACGACCUCACCAGAGAGAGGGAGUUAAAUUUAUGUAUGAUUGUGUUACUGGACAGCAAAUUGAGAAUGCUUAUGGAUGUAUUAUGGCUGAUGAAAUGGGUUUAGGUAAGACUUUACAGUGUAUUACAUUACUAUGGACUUUACUGAGACAAGGUCCUGAUUGUAAACCUACAAUCUGUAAAGCAAUCAUUGUAUGCCCAAGUAGUUUAGUCAAGAACUGGUACAAUGAGAUCCACAAGUGGCUGGGACAGAGAAUUAAUGCUCUAGCCAUGGAUGGCGGUUCUAAAGCUGAAAUUACACUAAAACUACAACAAUACAUGAACACCUACAGCACAACACGAGUAGCUACCCCAGUUCUCAUUAUCUCAUAUGAAACAUUUAGAAUUUAUUCCAAUAUUCUUCACUCAUCUGAAGUGGGAUUAGUUCUCUGUGAUGAAGGACACAGGCUGAAAAACUCAGAGAACCAAACAUACCAAGCCUUGAUGGGUCUGAAAGCUAAGAAAAGAAUUUUGAUAUCAGGCACUCCAAUACAGAAUGACUUAACAGAAUACUUUAGUUUAGUACAUUUUGUGAAUGAAGGUAUAUUAGGCACAGCACAUGAAUUUAAAAAGAGAUAUGAAAAUCCAAUAUUAAAGGGCCAAGAUGCCUUAGCAACAGAAUCAGAAAGAGAGAGGGCACAGGAGUGCCUUGCAACACUAACAUCUAUAGUCAACAAAUGUAUGAUCCGUAGAACAAGCAGUUUACUCACAAAAUACUUACCGGUUAAGUUUGAACAAGUCAUAUGCUGUAAAAUGACUCCCCUUCAGACACAGUUGUACAAGAACUUCAUCAAUUCCGAUGCUAUCCGUAAUAAGUUUAGUGGUAAUGCAGAGAAGAAUACUCUCAGUGCUCUAUCAAGUAUCACUACUCUUAAGAAAUUGUGCAAUCACCCAGAUUUAGUUUAUGAGAAGAUUGUAGAAGGAGCAGAGGGCUUUGAGAAGGCCAUGGGUCUUUUACCAAGUUAUUAUGACUCCAAAGAUGUCAGACCAGAGUUAUCUGGAAAGCUCAUGAUUUUAGACUGUAUACUUGCUAACCUAAAGAUGACUACAGAUGAUAAAAUAGUCCUUGUUUCCAAUUAUACACAAACAUUGGAUUUAUUUGAAAAAUUAUGCAGAAAAAGAGGUUACAUGUAUGUAAGGCUAGAUGGAUCAAUGACAAUAAAGAAGAGAGCCAAAGUUGUUGAGAGUUUCAACAAUAAAGAAAAUAAGGAAUGGAUAUUUAUGCUAAGUUCCAAAGCUGGUGGUUGUGGACUCAACCUUAUUGGUGCUAACAGACUAAUCAUGUUUGAUCCUGACUGGAACCCAGCUAAUGAUGAGCAGGCCAUGGCGAGAGUAUGGAGAGAUGGCCAGAAGAAACCAUGCUACAUAUACAGGUUACUGGCAACAGGAACGAUUGAAGAAAAGAUAUUCCAAAGACAAGCACAUAAGAAGGCCCUAAGUGACACUGUAGUUGAUCAAAAUGAAGAAUCUCUAAGGCAUUUCACUUCUGAGGACUUGAAGGAUUUAUUCAGGCUAGAAGAGAACACUUUAUCAGAUACACACAGCAAGUUCAAAUGCAAAAGAUGUGUAAAUAACAUACAAGUGACACUUCCACCAGAAAAUUCUGAUUGUACUUCUGAUUUGUCUAACUGGUACCAUUGUGCAGAUAAGAAAAACUUGGCAGAUUUAGUUUUAAAACAGUGCUGGGAUGUGGCAAAGACCAUUUCCUUCGUUUUCCACCACAGAUCUGCACAGACAGAGGCUCCAAAAGUUUUAGAAGAAGAAAAAGAGAAUAUUCCACAACCAAAAAAACGUAAAAUAGAAAUUGAUGAAGAUUACUCCGAACCUGAUGACAGUGCUGAUGAAGAUUAUGAAUAAUGAAUAAAUAUUUUAUAAAUCGAUGCUGGCCAUUACAACCAGAAAGGAAAU